GGCCGCGGGCCCCGCCCCCGACCGGUGGCGGCGGCGGCCCAGCUCGGCAGUCUGCGCUGCAAGCGGAGCGGCGCGGAGGGCGCGACCAGCGGGUGGGGGCCCAGGAGUGUGUACUGCCUUCCGGGCUACUCUCCGCGCGCUAGGGCGCGGGCACCACCGCAGGCCCCUCGGGCGGGCGCCAGGCUCAGGGCGCCGGAGGUCGGGGGGCAGCCCAUCGGGGUGCCGGGACCAUGGCGCUGCGCGCCCGGGCGCUCUACGACUUCAGGUCGGAGAACCCGGGCGAGAUCUCACUGCGGGAGCACGAGGUGCUGAGCCUGUGCAGCGAACAGGACAUCGAGGGCUGGCUCGAGGGGAUCAACAGCCGCGGAGACCGCGGCCUCUUCCCGGCCUCUUACGUGCAGGUGAUCCGCGCCCCCGAGCCCGGCCCGGCGGGCGACGGCGGCCCGGGCGCCCCGGCCCGCUACGCCAACGUGCCACCCGGGGGCUUCGAACCCCUGCCUGCCGCGCCGCCCACUUCUUUCAAGCCGCCGCCCGACGCCUUCCAGCCCCUGCUGCAACCGCAGCAGGCGCCGCCGGUGAGCACCUUCCAGCCGCCGGGCGCGGGCUUCUCGUACGGCGGGAGCGCCCUGCAGCCGUCGCCGCAGCAGCUCUACGGCGGCGGCGGCUACCAGGCCAGCCAGGGCAGCGACGAUGACUGGGAUGAUGAGUGGGACGACAGCUCCACCGUGGCUGACGAGCCGGGCGCACUGGGGAGCGGCGCUUACCCGGACCUCGACGGCUCGUCGUCUGGGGGCGUCGGCGCUGCUGGCCGCUACCGCCUGUCCACGCGCUCCGACUUGUCGCUGGGCUCCCGCAGCGGCUCUGCGCCCCCGCAGCACCACCCGUCGGGGGCCAAGAGCUCGGCCACCGUGAGCCGUAACCUCAACCGCUUCUCCACCUUCGUCAAGUCGGGCGGGGAGGCUUUCGUGCUGGGUGAGGCAUCGGGCUUCGUGAAGGAUGGGGACAAGCUGUGCGUGGUGCUGGGCCCCUAUGGCCCCGAGUGGCAGGAGAACCCCUAUCCCUUCCAGUGCACCAUCGACGACCCCACCAAGCAGACCAAGUUCAAGGGCAUGAAGAGCUACAUCUCGUACAAGCUGGUGCCCACGCACACGCAGGUGCCGGUGCACCGGCGCUACAAGCACUUCGACUGGCUGUAUGCGCGCCUGGCCGAGAAGUUCCCGGUCAUCUCGGUGCCCCACCUGCCCGAGAAGCAGGCCACCGGCCGCUUCGAGGAGGACUUCAUCUCCAAGCGCAGAAAGGGCCUCAUCUGGUGGAUGAACCACAUGGCCAGCCACCCGGUGCUGGCACAGUGCGACGUCUUCCAGCACUUCCUGACCUGCCCCAGCAGCACCGACGAGAAGGCCUGGAAGCAGGGUAAGAGGAAGGCCGAGAAGGAUGAGAUGGUGGGCGCCAACUUCUUCCUGACCCUGAGCACACCCCCCGCCGCCGCCCUCGACCUGCAGGAGGUGGAGAGCAAGAUCGAAGGCUUCAAGUGCUUCACCAAGAAGAUGGACGACAGCGCGCUGCAGCUCAACCACACAGCCAACGAGUUCGCGCGCAAGCAGGUGACCGGCUUCAAGAAGGAGUACCAGAGGGUGGGGCAGUCCUUCCGCGGCCUCAGCCAGGCCUUUGAGCUGGACCAGCAGGCCUUCUCGGUCGGCCUGAACCAGGCCAUCGCCUUCACCGGAGAUGCCUACGAUGCCAUCGGCGAGCUCUUCGCCGAGCAGCCCAGGCAAGACCUGGACCCGGUCAUGGACCUGUUGGCGUUGUAUCAGGGCCACCUGGCCAACUUCCCCGACAUCAUCCACGUCCAGAAAGGAGCUCUUACCAAAGUAAAGGAGAGUAGGCGACACGUGGAAGAAGGGAAGAUGGAAGUCCAAAAGGCUGAUGGCAUUCAGGAUCGCUGUAACACUAUUUCUUUUGCUACUUUGGCUGAAAUUCACCACUUCCAUCAAAUUCGAGUAAGAGACUUUAAAUCACAAAUGCAGCAUUUCUUACAACAACAAAUAAUAUUUUUCCAAAAAGUGACGCAGAAGUUGGAAGAGGCUCUUCACAAAUAUGAUAGUGUUUAAUGACUGGACGUUGGAUUGUGGACUUUUUUUUCAGUUCAAGGAUAAUUUCUACAGCAGAAUACAAACUGCUAUCAAAGAACUAUUGCCAACUAUCAGCAGUGGUACAAGGAUGGUUUUGUGUUCAACUGAAACUGGGCUGAAUAUAUAAUUAUGUAGGAAAGAAGCAGUUAAUAUGUUUAUAUAAUAGAAACAGUACCACACAUUGUAACUAAAUUAUACUCUGUAUGCCUACACUACCAUUGUAACUUUUGGAAUAAUGAGUAUACUAUUUGCCUUAUUGCUUUUUGAAGUAUGGGUAUUUUAGUGCGUACUUUGUAGACCUCAAAACCCAUGAAGGGUCUCAAAGAAGCUGGCUGGUUAAAAGCCUGCUGUGGAUGCCUUUUUACUCUCAUAGAUUGGGAUUACCUAAAUUCAGCCUAUUCUCUGUUUACAAACUCCAACUAGAGCAGCUAUGCGACUUUGUGCCUUUAGACUCUUGGUUUUUCAUUUCUCCACCCCGUACCCCCUUUUUAAAGCAACCACAACUUUUCUGAUGGAAAGAGUGAAAGGCCAGUGCACAUAAUGACGAACUGCUGGGAACCUCCUGUCGGCACUGGGGGCAGGGCGGGAGGAUCAGCUGUCAUCAGUUUGCCCAGCGAGUUUUGUCUCCUGAUAGAUGCUGGCGAGCACAGCGGAGGGAGCCUCAUGUUCACCUUCAGACAGGGUGUCUGCUAGGGAAGAGAAUGGUGCCACUCUGCUCCCUUAGAUGCUGCAGUCCUAGUCUCUUCACUCAAGUGUCCUGGAAACUUGACGUGGAGAUUUAAUCGAACAUGUCUUACAACCCGGAGAAGGGGUCUAACCUGUUGGGGACACGAGCACAGAAUCAGUGACAAUACACACUCGGUUUUAAUUCUUAUGAGAGUUUUCUUUUUUUUCUUUUUUAGCUUGAAAUUUUUCUUUUUAAUAUUCAGUGUGUGUGUGUGUGUGUGUGUGUGUGUGUUUUAAUGGAUCUACACUGUUAACUGAUUGAGACUCCACUGUGAUUCACUUGUUUACUUAAUCAAAAACUUUUUCAGGGAUGUCUAUAAAAUUCAGUGUUAUACGUGAUGAAAAGUAAUGUUGGUUGAUCUAAUGAGGGACCAGAAAUAAUUUCUACUAUUCCAAAUGCUGAUGGAAAAAAGUAAUUUUUUUUCUUUAAGUAUUGAUAAGCCCCCAGGACAUUUAACCUUAAAAAUUACUUUAAGUAUAUUCUUUUAUUACUAUAAGGGAAAUACAAAUGGCUGAUAAAUACCAAAAAUAUUCAAAAGCAGCUUAAUCUAAAAAGCACAAAGAGAUUUUGGUUUGAAAUACCAGAAUCUCAAUGUUUUUAUAGUUGCUGAGCUCAAUAAUGUGAUUCUUGAGUUUACAGAUUGUAAAGCUGUCACUGAAAGGUUAAAGUGUCUACUGUUUUUAAUGAAGUCAAACUUAUGCUGCCUCAGAAAUCCCUGGGUAUUCAAGUGGUAACGUAGAAGUAAAGAGGUCAGUUUGAAAUGUUGGUGAGUCACAUUGAUUAAAAGAAAAGGGUCAAUUUGCAGAUAGUCAUACAAAGUGAAGGUUAUUGAAAUGAUUUCUCAAUAGCACAUUUACUCUAAAAAGUAAUCUCACAUGGGUUGAAUUUUUAAGAUCAGAUUUGAUCAAAAUUUUAUACCUUAGGUAACUUAGAGCCAGAUUUAACAUCAUGUGGCUUUGUCUCUACUACCGACAUGUGGAACUGUAACCAAAUAUAUUGUUCUCUAAAAAAAUAACUUUCUCCUGUUGAUUGCAAGAUACAGUUCUAUAAAUGAAACCCAUAUAUAUAUAUAUGUUAAUUUUAUUGCAGAAGUUUAGAGAUGAUAAUGAUAGCAUUUAAUUUAAGUUUGAGUCUGUAUUGGACAAAUAAGCACUAUGCUUUUCAAAUGAUUGGAAAAUCAUUUUUAUUUGCCUCCUUUUUUUUGAAAGUGGUUUGACUUUUUGUUUGUUUAAGUAAAAAUCACUAAACUUGUGCAAUGGUAGCAUGGAAAUUAUCUGAGGUGUCUUGUAUGAUUGUGCUUUGGCCAGGGUGGACAUAGUUCAAAUUGUAAGAGCUAAAGAUUAAAGAGGAAGAAGGUAUAGGUUCAUGCUGCCUAUUUAGAAGAGAACUUUCAUUCUUCAGAGCUACAUAACAUGAUAAUGCCACUGAUUCAUAAGGGGUUUAAAUUAAUUCUAUGGGGUAGGACACCAGAUUCAUUAGUGUUCAUUUUCAUCUAAGGUUUUUAUCUCUCUAACGUUCUUGGUCCUAUUGAAACAUUUCAGUAUACAAAAAUACUGCGAUGUUAAUACCCAAGAGAAAAGCCAUCAUAAUGUGUAUGCUGGUCAUUAUGAUCAGUGUGGUACAAUUUUUAAAAAAUAAACUAUCAUGCCCUUCAUGC